AGGGACACUGCGUGCGGAUGGCCACCGCACCGCUUCUUCUUCGGCACUGGCUCGGGCAUCGUGCACGUUGCUCAGCGAGGGCACCGGCACCACGUCCGUGAACGCUGCGGACGGCUUGCUCACGGUGGUGUGCGAGGACGGCGCCCGCUUCGCGCUGCCCGAGCGCGACUGCGUGCUGCUGCCCGCGGCGGCCGCGGGCUCCGGGGCGGCGGCCGCCGCCGCCGUGGCCGAGCGGAUUCUGGAGUGCCUGGUGUCCGGCGCCGCCGGUGCCCUCGGCCCCGGGGCGGCCCAGUGGCUCGAGGUGCCCUGUCGCCCCCGCCGGAGUCGCUGUGCGCCUGCGCCCCGC